AUGAAAAAAUUUGAUUUAAAUUUAAUUUUUAGAUUUAUUGCAUUAUUUGCCGUUUUAAUACUUUUAAAUAUGAAUAAGGAGUCUCUUUUUGUUUGUGCACGCUCAGAUGAACCUUUUUCUAUUUUAACUAUAGAUCCAGUUUCUGGAGCUAAUUGUUUGGCUUUUCAAGGGAAUGAGCUUCAAAAUGGAACAAUAAAUUCAGCAACAUUUAUUGGUCAAGACCAAACACAUUUAUGUAUUUCUUUGGAAGAUAAAUCAUUAAUGACAAUUCCAAUGAAAUAUAAAAAAUCAAAGAAAAAUUUAGCUGCUAAUUCUACACGAUCUUUUCUUGGUUUUAAAGCCAAUUUUAUUGUUUCUCAUCCCUCUGGUGAUUUUAUUUUUAUUGCGGCAGACAACAAAAUUUAUACUUGGGAGCUUAGAGGUGGAAAUAUGCUUUCUAUAAUUGACGAACAUCUGCGUGAAAUUUCUGCUUUCCGAAUUUCUACUUGUGGUAGCUUAUUGGCAAGUUCUUCUAUGGAUGGUGCCGUGAAGGUUUGGCUAACUUCUAGUUUAAUCACUCAACGCAAUGAAAGUUCUCAUAUUUGUUCACAAUUAGGUGGUCAUUCAAGCCAUACUUUAGAAGUCAACGAUUUAUAUAUUACUUCUUCUGGAAUGUCUGCACGUAUUUUUUCUGUUUCUUCUGAUUAUAGUGCUUGUCUUUAUUCUUUGGCUACAAAUCAAAUUCUUUUAAAAAUUACUUGUGAUCAUCCUUUAAAUGCUUGUUGUAUGGAUGGAGCGGAAAGGAGGUUAUUUUUGGCAUCAAUUGAUGGUCAGAUUAGAACAAUUGAUUUGAUGCAGUCUGAGCUUCCCAAAGACAGCUUCCAAAGAAUGAAAGUCGAAAAUGAACAAAAAGAUAACAAUACUGAAAAUUCAUUUCAAUUUCAUAAUUCUCGAAUACAACAAUUAUGUGCAAAUUUAGAUGGGAGUAGACUUGCUUCUGGAGACAGUUCAGGUGCUUAUGCUAUUUGGGACGUGACAAACGGGCAACUUUUACAGAACGGACAAAUGAAAGGACCAAUUAUUGUUUUAUCUUUUAUUUUGGAGAAUCUCUCUGCCGCUGGAACUUCUUUACCACCUCUAAACAAGCAAAUGUCUACUGGAUCAAAAUCAAAUUUUGCAGUAAAACAUGCAAAUCUAAAUAAAGUUUAUUGUGAGAAAAGUUUACAAGAACAUUUUGAUAAAUUGCUUCGAAAUGCAAACGCUGCUGCUUUGCGCUGUGAAUUUCAAUCUUCUGUUGAGGGUACAUCAAAAGAUAAUAUUCAACAACAACAAGAUAAUAAUUUAAAUAAUAAAAAUAAAAGGAAAAGACGUCAAGUAGAAAAUGAGACAACAACAACAUUGACGCCAACAGAAAAUUCUCUUAAAGAGGAAGAAAAUGUGGAAAGUGCUGAUUUAUCUUCAAUUGAAUCUACAACAAAUGUUGAACAAUUAAAACAGAGAAUAAAAAUAUUAGAAAGGGAAUUAGCCAGAGUUGUGCAAAUUAAUGCUGAAAUUUAUGAUUAUGCGGCAAAUUUGACUAUUGAUGAAGAUAAUUUGGUUAUUUAA